GACUGUACUUUGCCCCGGACUUUGAACUCUCUGUUCUCUGGUUCCUGAUUUAAACAACAAGCAUUACUAAAGUUUUCUGUUAUCGGAUACCUGUUAUAUUAAAUAUGGACGAGGAAAUAACCGCUGUCCGGGAGCAGCAUCAGUUCAACAUCGCGAAUUUACAGAAAUAUUUGUCGGAUAAACUACGGGACAUAAACAGCGAUACAUUCAUUGUCAAGCAGUAUGGAAAAGGACAGUCCAACCCCACAUUUCUUCUGCAGACGUCUAAACGGAGAUACGUCCUCAGAAAGAAACCUCCGGGGGAGCUGCUUCCUGGAGCUCACAAGGUGGACAGGGAGUAUCGCGUGCAGAAGGCCUUGUUUGAAACGGGGUUUCCCGUACCGGAGCCCCUGCUCUUCUGCGCAGACCAGUCGGUUAUCGGCACUGAGUUCUACGUCAUGGAGCACGUGCAGGGCCGCAUUUUCAGAGACAUCCGGCUGCCUGGGCUGAGUGUGGCGGAGCAGGUGGCUCUGUACGUGGCCGCCGCUGAGGUCUUGGCCAAGCUGCAUUCCCUGGACCUGGCCGCCCUGGGGCUUGGAGACUACGGAAGAGGUCCUGGCUACUGCAAGAGACAGGUGUCCACCUGGACGAAACAGUACAGAGCCUCCAGCCACAGGGACGUCCCGGCUAUGGAUCGGCUGUCCGAUUGGCUCAUGAAUAAUUUGCCGACCAAUGACAGUGAAGUCACGCUCGUCCACGGGGACUUCCGGUUGGACAACCUCGUCUUUCAUCCCACCGAGGCCCGUGUGCUGGCGGUGCUGGACUGGGAGCUCUCCACCACUGGCCAGCCCCUGGCGGACCUGGCCUACUUCCUCAUGCCCUUUUACUGGCCCAGUCACUUCAGCAUCCUCGAUUCUAUGGGAGGUCUCGGGGGAGCGGAAGGUAGCCCCUCCCCCACGGACCUUGCUGCUGUGUACAGCCGUUGCCGAGGGAUACCGCCCUCUCUCCCCCAGUGGAAUUUCUUUCUGGCCCUCGCCAUGUUCAAGAUGGCGGGCAUAGCUCAGGGCAUCUAUGCCCGCUUCCUGCUGGGGAACGCCAGCGCCGCCGACGCCCACAAGUUUGGCCAGAGCGUGGAGCCGCUGGCAGAAGCGGGGCUGCGGAUUGCUGAGGGCACCGAGACGUCCGCCCCCCCCACGUCCCUGGCCGGCCGCGAGCAGCUCUUCCAGAUGACCCCCAAGGGCCGGGCCGUGCUCCACCAGGUCCAGCAGUUCAUGAAGCAGCACGUGUUCCCCGCUCAGCAGGAAGUGGCAGAGUUCUACGUGAAGAACGCUGGCUCUCAGGCAAGGUGGCGGACGCCUCCCAUCAUGGAGGAGCUGAAGACUCGGGCUCGGGCCGCUGGGCUCUGGAACCUGUUCCUGCCCGCCGUCAGCGGCCUGAGUCAGCUGGACUACGCCCACAUCGCCGAGGAGACCGGCCGCUGCUUCUUCGCUCCGGAGGUCUUCAACUGUCAAGCCCCUGGUUGGUUAUGCGUAAUUCAUUUCAUUGGCAAGGCCUGUGUCUUAAUACAAAUGAGACCCCUCCCCUCCACCGCUUGUUCCACAGAACCUGACGUGUCCUCAAGUGAUGCCACCAACAUCAGGUGCAGCCUGCGGCGGGCCGGAGACCAGUACAUCAUCAGUGGGAGGAAGUGGUGGAGCAGCGGUGCUGGCAACCCCAACUGUAAGAUCGCCAUUGUCCUGUGCCAGAGCGAGUCACAUGGUGCCAGGAACAGGCAUAAGCAGCACAGCAUGGUUCUGGUCCCACUGGACACAGCAGGCGUGGAGCUGGUCCGGCCGCUGACGGUGUUCGGAGAGGAUGACGCCAUCCACGGCGGCCAUUUUGAGAUCAACUUCAACGACGUGCGAGUUCCUGUGUCCAGCAUCGUUUUAGGCGAGGGGCGGGGCUUCGAGAUCGCCCAGGCCCGCCUGGGCCCGGGCCGGCUGCACCACUGCAUGCGGGCCGUGGGGCUGGCUGAGACCGCCCUGGAGCUCAUGUGCCAGCGGGCGGCGCAGCGGAGCACGUUCGGGAAGAGGCUGUACCAACACGAGGUAAUCGCGCACUGGAUCGCGGAGUGCCGCAUCGCCAUUGAGCAGACGCGGCUGCUGACCCUCCACGCCGCCCACUGCUUGGACGUCAGCGGCAGCAAGGAAGCCAGAAAGCAGAUCGCCAUGAUCAAGGUGGCCGCUGGAAGGAUGUCCUGCAGGGUGGUGGACUGUGCCAUUCAGGUGCACGGGGGGGCCGGACUGUCAGCGGACUUCCCCUUGGCUCAGAUGUACGCGUAUGUGCGGACUCUGCGCAUCGCGGAUGGGCCCGAUGAGGUCCACCUCUCCUCCAUCGCCCGCAUGGAGCUGAAGGACCAGCUGAGCAAACUCCCCGCCAAGCUGUGACUCUGCAUUGCUUUAAUACUCCCGAUGUGCAGUAAUAUGCCUGGAAAUGUCAGUACCUGAGUCCUGGGAGGGAGUAGGAAUAAGGGCAGUUCCUCCCCCCCCUCAUUUGAAAGUGCUGCAAGUAAAAGGCAAGCACAGGGUUACCCAGGGAAAAGCGCAUGUGUAUGCGGUAUACUGGAAUGGGUCUUCUCUAUCGCCCUCUGCUGUUCGGAGUUCAGAAGCUCAGAUUUGUUCUCUCAAGCCGAACUGAAGUUUUUGGCAUUUUGGCAGUAGUGGGUACGUGGAUCACCAGGAAAUUUCACUACAGUUGGUAGCAACUAUGUGCAUAAAUCACCGCUGGCAACAGCUGCUUGCAAAACUAAUGAUUCCUAAUGAGCCUUUAAAAACAUUUGGUGAACAUGUAGCAUAAUGCAUAAUGUAUGCGGACUAAAGUGGUCCUGUGAUUAAAAUCCCCGGAUGCCUGUGGGGCGGCGGGCCGUGUGCUACUGGGAAACCUCUAAUGGUUUGCUGCUCCACGCUCCUCCCCAUGCUGCCUCCAGUUUGUUCUGUUUCUUGGUAAAUUAUGGAGCUUUGUAAUCGUGUCACUGGGAUUAUUGGAGUAUAACCAAAUAAUAAUAAUAAAAAACCACUUCUGAUAGAUAAAAGAAAGCGAAAUUAUUCCAGACUCUCAAAUGAGCAGUACUGGGAAUGCACCCUUUUCUGUAUAGCUUAUGCUGCGGAAGCCACUGGUCUCCAUCACCAUAGAUAAACACAUGGUAUUCCUAGUCAUUCUGGUCGCGUUUCAGUUCGAGUGCCUUAUCUAGGACGCUCAGAUGUUUGCUGCAUGUUUAUGUCCAA